GCUUUCGCAACCAUAUAAACGCGAUCCGCUGCACCUUCCGUCCGGUCAAAUUUAUUGCGCAAAUGAGAACAAUCCCACAAAAAAAUAAGUGUACUGCAGGUUUCCCAAACCUGCUUGGAUUAUACUACUUUCAGACUUCAUUUAUUUUCUCGUCUAUCAGAAUGACAACGGCGGUUUCCCAAAAAACUUGACACAUUUUUUCAGGAGAAACGUUAAUAAACGUGUGUUACUUGCCCAAUGCGUGUGUGUUACGGCGAUCAUAUGUUGAUUCGAGCAUCAUUUGUGAAGGUCCCUUUCGCCUGAUCGCUAAACCAUUGGUCAGUGAGUGUUACCAACCUUCAGAAACCCGAAAACCUCCAGGGAACAGAGGAGUUUUUCUUAAUAUUUAAUUAAAAUGAACCUUAUUGGGAGCUACCAGCAUCAUCAUCUGAUGCACGACACGUUUCCAUUCGUCCAGAGGUGUCAUCAAGAUAACCCUUACUUUCAAAGCUGGGUGGUGAACCACGGUGAAGUCCCUCCGGACUUCCAGAUCCAGACGCCGUACUCCACGGAGUUCGGGGCUCCGGGUCCGGUGCACGACAGCCAGCUAGAAGCUCUCUCCGCGCGCAUGGGGAAGAGGAGAGCCUCCGGGCCGAAGAAGGAGCGAAGGAGAACCGAGAGCAUCAACACUGCGUUCGCCGAACUGAGAGAAUGUAUACCAAAUGUACCCGCUGACACGAAAUUGUCCAAAAUUAAAACGUUACGACUCGCGACAAGUUACAUUGCCUAUCUAAUGGACGUGUUGGCUAAAGACACUGGUGAGACUGAGGGAUUCAAGGCCGAAAUCAAGAAAUAUGACAACAGAGAUUUAAAAAGGAAAAGGGAAAUGAACGAUGGACUGCAAGAGUCAUUAGGAAAAGAGAAAAAGUUCAAAGGACGGACAGGUUGGCCACAGCAAGUUUGGGCUUUGGAACUGAACCAGUGAAUGUUUGGAGGCCGGUUUAAAUGUAUACCUGGAUUUUGGAAAUUAGGAUUAUAUAUAAAGAAAUAUAAUUUAUUUUGAACUGCAGCCUCAGUUCAAGUCAAUGGUUAUUCCGUUUUAAUUAAUUCUUUUUAUGCAUUUAAUUCCACCAUAUAGACCAAGUCUAGUUAAAAGUAGAUCAUAUUUUUAAAACCGGCCCCUGACCUCUCUGAGCAGAGCCGCAGCAACCCACUCAAAGACUCCGUAUCCAAGCACUUCGCUGCAAGGAAUACAACCACUUAUACACAUCUAUAACCUACCUAUGUGCAAUGUUUAAAUUCAAAAGGGGGACUUGUUGAAAUGCAAUAUUAUGCAAAUGAUUUAACAGCCUACUGGUAAAGUUUAUUUGUCAUUUGUAUUCUGUGAGAGAAUUUAAAGUUAUAUUGUUUAGAAGCAAAACAAGUUCGGUUGUGGACUGGCCACAGUAACGAACGGAGAGACUGGGAUUUAUGGGGUGUUUCUUUAUUUUUUACGCCUCUUUGUGGGACAAUGCUGUUCAGCACUGUUUUCUUCGCUAUAUAUACAUAGAGCUUGUUGUAAUUGAGUCAAUAUUGUCGUGCUAUGUAUUGAAAGAAAAAAUGUUGAAUCUACCUCAAAUUUAUAACUAUCCGCUUGAAAUUUAAACAUUUAGCAGUUCAGGACAAAUAUCUGUAAAGAUCGAUGGAAUGCACAGGUAUAGUUUAUUUCCAAAUGACACAGAUGGCUAAUUAUUUGACUAUUGAUAGGGUACAUUUGAUUCUGAUGAAAUUGUUUUCUUUGUGUGAAUUCGAUGUGAAAUUAUAUCCCCAGAUGAGUUAAUAAAUGAAUUACUUAAUUCAU